AUGCCUCGAGGUCAGAAGAGUAAGCGCCAAUCCCGUAAGAAGCAUGAGGAGACACAGAGUGAUGUUCAGGCUUGUGAGGUUGCUCAGGAAACAGCAGAGGCUGCUGAAGAGUCCUCUUCUUCCUCCCAGAGCCUGCCUGAUGAUGAGUCAAGUGGCACUCUGGAGAGGUCUCCAAAAUCACUGUCAUCUUCCACAUCUACUCUGCUUGUUUGUUUUUCUGAAUCUGAUGAUGAUUUAGGUGGUGACAGUGAAGGAAGUGAGGAAAGACUUUCUGAGGCCCAGUUUUCUACCACCAAUCCACACGUAGAUCUUAUUAUCAGAAAGAUGGUGGAGCUGGUGCAGGUCCUACUUCACAACUUUAACAUAAAGCAGCUCAGCACCAAGGAAGAAUUGCUGAAUGUUGUCUCCAAGACAUACGAAAAGCACUUUACUGAGAUCUUCAUAAAAGCCUCUGAGAAGCUUGAUGAAGCCUUUGCAGUCGAAGUGAGGGAAGUCCACUCAAGCCCCUCCUCAUAUAACCUUAUCAGCAAGCUGAAGCUCCCCAACAAUGGUAGAAUUCGUGCUGGCAGGGGUUUCCCCAAGACAGGUUUCCUGAUGUGUGUCCUGGGUAUUGUCUUCAUUAGGGGCAACUGUGCCAGUGAAGAAGAAGUCUGGAAAGUACUGAAGAAAAAGAAAAUAUAUCCUGGCAAGAAGCACAGCAUCUUUGGAGAGCCCCAGAAGCUCAUGACCCAAGAUUUUGUGAGGCUGAAAUACCUUGAGUACCGCCAGGUGGCCAACAGUAAUCCUCCACGUUAUGAGUUGAUGUGGGGACCCCAAGCUCAUGUUGAAACCAGCAAGAUGCAAGUCCUUCGGUUUUUGGCCAAGAUCAACAAAACUUCCCUUCAUUCCCUCUUACUCCUUUAUGACGAAGUUAUGAAAGAUGAGCAAGAGGAUGGCCAACCCAGAGAUCCUGCCCAACGUAGAGCAGCACACAUGGUUGAAUGCCCUGUAGCUUUGCCUACCUCUCUUUAUAUUUGA